AUGGCGGCGGACAUGGGUUCGUCGUCGCGAUCGGGACUAGGGGAGGAAGCGAAACUUGAGGAGAUGCUCAAGAACAUGGAACUCUUGGAUGAGGAACUUGACGAUGUGGUCAUUGGGAAGGAUCAAGCGAAGCGAUUCAAGGAGGAUGCCCGGUGGUUGGCGAUUGCAAGGGCCAACACGGACAUGUCUUUUAGCUCGUCUUCUCUGUUCGAUACAAUGAAAUUCGUCUGGGGUCUGGCGCAAACGCCGAAGUUCAGAGAGGCAGGCUCAAACAGAUUCAUCUUCCAGAUGUUCUGUCUGGGGGAUUGGAAGAAGGUAGUCCACGGAGGCCCUUGGCUCUUUCGAAACUACGCAGUGGUGAUCGAGGAUUACGAUGGCAAAACUGAUCCGGAGGAAUAUGCCCUAGAUGGGGUGUUUCUAUGGGCACAGAUCCACAAAGUUCCUGACCUGUACUGUCAUCCAGAGGUGGUGGACGAGUUAGCACGCAGAAUCGGGAAAGUUAGAGAGGUUCCGCUUCGGCCUACUCUAUACUAUGAGGGUGACUAUGUAAGAGUUAGGGUUAGGGUUCUGACGGCGAAACCUUUGACAAGAUUUACCCCUCUUAAUGUUGAGGGAGAGGGGAGGAAGAUGAUGGUGGUGAAAUAUGAGAAGGUUUCGUUUUUUUGUAAAAUCUGUGGAAUCAUGGGACAUGGUUUUGAGGAGUGUGGUAAUGGCAUAUGGGAGGAAAAGGACAAGAAGUGGGGUAGUUGGAUGCUUGCAAAACGCAAGACAGUAUCAUAUGCCUAG